UGGGGGUUGCCAUAGCCGGGCAUCCCUGGGGGCGAGGCUGGGGCUCUUCCCCGGCGCGCCCGGCGGCCGCUGCCUCUCUCUCUUCCCGCCAGUCGGCCUCGGCGCCCCGCCUGGCCCGCCAGCGCCGUCGGUGCGGCCGCGCCGCGGUCUCCAGGUGGGCGGGAGCGGGGGCCCCAGGUGUGGGCCGGCCCCGCGCCCACUUUCUUCCCAGGUGCUGGGACUGGAGAGGCGCCUGGAGCCGUUCGCUUCUCCGCUCGCUCCGCUCCGGCUGACCCCCUUCCAGCCCUCGGCCUGUCGGCGGCUCUCUGGGCCCGGGGCCCUGGCGGCCGAGCUGAGCCGAGCCUGCCCCGGCGGCCUGGCCUCGGGACGGGCCGGCCGGGCUCACUGACGCCCGCGGAGACCGUUACCCACCCCGCUGGCCGCCGGCGGGGAGCGCUGACGGCGCGGCGGCUUUCGCUGCCGGUUCACAGCCCGAAUCCAGGAGGGUUCCUCGGUUCCAAGGCCAGCUGGAGGAACAAGGAUGUCGACGGUACUGUUGUCUGCAAAGCUGCAGGAAAUUCAGAAUGAUUUAAGGCUUUUCAAAUGUUAGAAAUAACUCCUGCAGCGUGUCCUUUACGUACCCUUCAAAUUUUAGCAGUCCUGGUGCUACUGCAGGUUUCAAUUAAUUGUUCAAACUAAAGUUUUCUUUUUAAGUGCUGUUACUUUGGCAUGAAUUUUAAAGGCAGUCAGAGAUUUUCUUGUUUGGAAUCCUACAUAACUGACAUCUAAGAGCUCAAGAUUUCCUGAUGAAACAGAGAUUUUCAAGAUGUCAGAAAGGCAUUCAGGUCAAGCUUGCACUGCAGCAGGAAAUGAGGUGGACUCUCCUACUGUUAAUUUCAAGUACUCCAGCUUCAGAGAUUUUUGUUCCACAUCUUCAUCUCAAGAUAGUGGCUACAGUGAGUUGUUAAAAUCUUGCAGCUUUGAUAAUACAGAAAAAGAGUAUUUCGGAAAGAAAGAAAAAGGCCCAACAUUAAGCUAUGAACAUCCCGAAACUUCAAAUCUGGACUUAACACAUCCUUUAGAGUCUCCCACUCAAAAAGAGAGAUUUGUCUUCCCUAGGAAGGAGAAGGAUAAAACCCCAGAACUCUGUGAAACUCCUAAAAUCAGUGGGAAAAAACUUCUACCACGCAGAAGGUUGACCAUAUCCUUCUCUCUUCUAAAAGGGGACUUUGAAUCACAAAAUAAUUCUCUAGAAAGUAGUUCAAGCCAAGCUCUCAACUUAGAAAAAAAUAUUCCAAGCAGUGCUUCAGGUUUUCAAGGGCGAAAUAAUUUUAGUUCUUUGGGUACUAGCACUUUGAAAACAGAAGAAGCAACUUCCAGCAGUCAAAAAUUGAGACUAAAUUUUUCUCAACAGAAGACUUCCACAAUUGAUGAUUCCAAAGAUGAUUGUAGCCUAUUUGAAGUUGAAUGUAUAUCUCCAAUUCCGGGCAAUAAUUUUAAAGACUCUAUUACACGUGACUUUAGUGAUAGCAGUGUGUGUAUUAACGAUGAGAAUACAUAUCCUGAACUUCUGGGCUCCUCUGUUAAUGGCACAACUUGUGGAACAGAUGAGGACAUAUUUGUGACUCCAGUAAGUAAUCUUGUAGCAAACAUUAAAUUUAAUGCAAGACAAAGGCUUUCUCAUUCAACUGAAGUGAGAGGCAAUAUUUCAACACCUGAAGACAGUGGUUUUAAUUCACUUUGCUUGGAUAAAACAGAAGAUUCUCUCUCUGACCAGGAGGGUUCUUUUCAAGAACUACAUAAGAGAACUCUAAAAGUAGGGGACACCAUAAAAAAGUCAAGGCGUCUUGGAAGGUUGAGAAGACUGUCCACCCUUCGGGAGCAGGGCUCACAAUCUGAGACAGAAGAGGAAAAGCAGACCGUGCAUUCUGACUCUGAAACAACAUCAGAAACUGUUUCGGACAUGUCAGAGAGCCAGCUGAGCAGUGAUAGUAAGAGUGAGGAUUUGAUUUUAAGCUUUAAGAAUUUAUCACAGACCCCAGCCUUGCAAUUAGUGCAUGAGCUCUUUAUGAAAAGCAAAAGGAAAAGAUUCCAGCAAAGCGGUGCACAUGAAUUCUUAGAAGAAAGGGAUGAGGGGAAAAUUGCUGUACUACAGUGUGUGCUUGCAGGACUAAUUGGCAAGAAAAUGGGUAUAGAAAAACUGGACAUCUUAACAGAAUUAAAAUAUAGAAAUUUAAAGCAUAUUCUUGCUAUGGUAUUAGAUUCCUUGACUACAGAAAGCCUAUGCAGUGUUUGGAAAGUGAGCAGAAACUGGCGCGAAAUUGUUGUUCAAGAUAAAAAAGCAAAUCAGAGGAGGAAAUUUUAUAUCACAAAACUGAAAAUGGAUUCUGAGGGGGCUAUAUUAAAUGUUGAGGAUGCUGCCACUCGGCUCCAUGUUUUAAAUCGAUCAGCUUUAAGAUCUGUACAAGCUCAGGCUAGGACACCAGGUUCUCAGAAAGAACAAGUUUCAACAUUUUCUCCUUGGGGAGAAGUUUUGACACCUAUAGCAAGCUCUUCUAUUACUCAUUUAAGUAGUAAACAGGAAGAAUAUGUUAAGGAAGAUUCUUUGGCAACAGAUGAUUUCCUUGUGGACUACUUUAAUGAAUUCCUAAGCCUUCCAACCUUUUCAAAGGCAAUUAGAUUUAAUGUGGAUUAUGGAGUUUUUGAAGUAGUUAACAAUGCUCCACAACUUCUGGAAAAGCAACUGAAAAAAAUUCUGCAAAACCAGCAACCUCGAAAUCCCAUCUAUGAUGUUGUAAGGAAAGGAAAGAAUGAUGUUAAACCUAUUCAAAUGAAUGCCCCCUAUGAAGAUGAGACCAUUAAUGUCAACUACAAUAUUAUGUGUCUCAGUCGUGAACAGGGUAUUCAGUGGAUCAAAAAAGAAAGACUUCCAGCAUUUCUGGAAAGCGAUUGCUACUUUGAAUACAGGUUAGCCAAAUUGGUCUCACAAGUAAGAUGGAGUGGAUCAGGCAUGAAUAUCACACUAGGCACAGAUUUUUCUCCCUGGGUCCUGAAAAAACCACCCAGUCCACCACCUCCUGCCAUUGAAGAAGACAAUGUUAUAAUUAUGAAAAAGUUCUACAUUUCUCUUGGCGAGGCCUCCUAUACUCAAACGAAAGAUUGGUUUGCGUUAGCAAAACAAAGUCAGCAAACAGUAUCCACCUUUUCACUUCCGUCUUGUGUAUUCCACAACAAAAUUGAAUCACCAGUUAUUUCAUCUGUUUCUGAGAGUUUUAUCUUUGAUGAUGGAGUUCACCCCAGGACAAAAAAGGACUCAUCUAAAACCACUAGAUUAAUUUCUGAAUUUGAAGAAGAAGAAGAUGGAUCUAUAUCUCUACAAGAUACUCCUUCUCAAGCUCUUCUGAGAGAAUACCUUGAAAAGCAACAGGAUGUUAAUGAAAGCUUGACAUUGCACUUUUCAACAUGUGAAGAAUUUUUAAAAUCUUAUGUAACCUUUAUUUUGAGAGUAGCAAUUUAUCAAGUUCUUGGAGAGCCAUUUAGAGAAAGCCCAGGAUACAUAAAUUUCAAAAAUGUAACAGAAGUGGUGUUUGAUGAGCGUUUUGAGCCUAUCCCUGGCAAGAAUGUUUUGUUAAGUAAAACAGUUCAAACCAAAAAGGAAAAGUCAGAAGAGAUGUUAGAACAAGCAAGUUCAAAGAGUGAGAGCAUUGGGCCAGAAAGCAGGGCUGACUGGUGGAUUUCUCACAAAACUUACGACAUUGGCAAUAGAAAGGAGUUUGAAAGAUUUAAGAAAUUUAUAAAAGGCACAUCAGGAGAGAGAUAUUGCUGGCUGUGGAUGGAUAUUGAGAGGUUAAAAGUUCUUAAGGAUCCUGGAAGGCGUCAAAGAUGUGUGUAUGUGUUUUAUUUCAGACAUCUUGAGAAAAUGAAAAAAUGCUAUCUAGUGAGCAGUGGAGAUUACUACCUUUCUGCAGAAAUCUUAUCAAAAUUGAAACUGCUAGAUGGAUCUCAGUGGAAUGAAAAACACUUAAAAAAUAUUCAGACUGAGGUUUUAAAACCCUUACUUCUGUAUUGGGCACCAAGAUUCUGUGUUACUCAUUCAUCCUCAGCAAAACAUGCUAUUGCUGAACUGAAAUUCUGGCACCUCCGUCAAGAGAAACCAAGGAAGGAUGUUGACCCUUUUCCACAAAUGGCAACCCUCUUGCCAUUAAGACCUAAAUCUUGCAUUCCACAGAUGUCUGAGAUGCAGAAAGAAGAAUCCAGUUUAUUACAAUCUCCUAAAUCACCUAAGAAGCCACCUAAAGUGAAAACAGCAAAUCAAAGACCUUGGAAGAGCGAGUCUUUGUAUCCAUUUUCUUCUAAGGAUGAUGUGAUUGAGAAAGGGUCAAGGCAGAGGUCAGAAAGCAGCAAAGUUAUUCGUUUAACAUCUUUUGCUGACAUUUCUGAAUGUUUGAAGCCCCAGCUGGAUAGAAAAUAUACAGAAGAACCUUUGGUUAAAACCAUGGCAGAUGGUGCCUUGGGAGGAUUUGACAUGGAAAAUUUGUUGCAAUCUCUUUAUGUAGAAAAUAGAGCUGGCUUUUUCUUUACUAAAUUCUGUGAGCAUUCAGGAAACAAGUUGUGGAAGAACAGUGUGUACUUUUGGUUUGACCUACAGGCUUAUCAUCAGCUUUUCUACCAAGAAACGCUUCACCCUUUUAAAGUAUGCAAGCAAGCCCAAUAUCUUUUUGCCACAUACAUUGCUCCUUCAGCCACUCUUGACAUUGGACUCCAACAGGAAAAGAAAAAAGAAAUUUAUAUGAAAAUACAGCCACCAUUUGAAGACCUUUUUGACACAGCAGAAGAAUACAUCCUUCUCCUCCUUCUUGAGCCCUGGACACAGAUGGUAAAAUCAGACCAAGUUGCUUAUGGAAAGGUGGAGCUGGUGGAAGAAACUCGACAGCUAGACUCUCCACAUUUCAGAAAGCUACAGGCUUUGCAUAAAGAGACAUUUUCCAGGAAAGCUGAGGACACUACUUGUGAAAUUGGACCUGGUAUUUCACCACUUCAUGAUGCCUCUAAACAAACAGAAUAUUGGAAUAAUGUUCCUGAGGAAUAUAAGCAUUUUAACUUUAAUGAUCUGCUUAAGAACAAACUGGAAUUUGAACAUUUCCGUCAAUUUCUUGAGGCUCAUUCUUCAAGCAUGGACCUCAUGUGCUGGAUAGACAUUGAGCAGUUCCGAAGAAUAAUGUAUGGAGAUCAAAAGCAAAGGGAGGCAAAAUCUAGACAUAUUAAAAACAAAUACCUUAAUAAAAAAUAUUUCUUUGGACCCAACAGUCCAGCUUCUCUAUAUCAGCAGAACCAGAUAAUGAAUUUAAGUGGUGGCUGGGGAAAGAUUCUCCACGAGCAGCUUGAUGCACCUGUUCUAAUUGAAAUUCAGAAACGUGUCCUAAAUAGGCUAGAAAAUGUGUGGUUGCCAUUGUUUCUUGCAAGUGAACAGUUUGCAGCACGUCAAAAAAUAAAGGUACAGAUGAGAGACGUAACUGAAGAGCUCUUACUACAGAAGCGUGAAAGGAAAAUCGGGGUCUGGAAGCCUGUGGAGAGUAAGUGGAUAUCUUCAUCUAGUGACAUCAUUGCUUUUCGUAAAGCAUUAUUGAAUCCAGUUACUGCAAGACAAUUUCAACGGUUUGUGGCUCUAAAAGGAGAUUUAUUGGAAAAUGGGGUACUCUUUUGGCAAGAAGUACAAAAAUACAAGGACUUGUGCCAUUCUCAUUGUGACGAGUCCAUCAUCCACAAGAAGAUCCUGACUAUUAUCAACUGCUUUAUUAAUUCUAGUAUUCCACCAGCUUUACAAAUUGACAUUCCAUUAGAACAAGCGCAGAAGAUUAUUGAACACAGGAAGGAGUUAGGACCAUAUAUUUUUAGAGAGGCACAGAUGACAAUUUUUGGAGUUCUAUUUAAGUUUUGGCCUCAGUUUUGUGAGGUUAGAAAGAACUUAACUGAUGAAAAAAUUAUGAGUGUUUUAGAGAGAAGACAAGAAUAUAAUAAGCAGAAAAAAAAAUUGGCAGUCACAGAAGACGAAAAAUUUGCAAAGGAUGGAGUCAAACAAUAUACAAGUACUUCAGGUUCUGCUGUCAAAACCUCUGCUUUAGUCGGUGACCCAGGUUUAGGCCUACAAGCAUACAGCCGACAGCCAACCUGGUGCUACUCCAAGUACAUAGAAGCCUUAGAACAGGAAAGGAUUCUUCUUAAAAUUCAAGAAGAAUUGGAAAAAAAGUUGUUUGCAGCCGCACCAUCUUUUACAAAUUUUAAGUCUACUGCUUCGGCUGCAUCUCUGAAAAAGAUUGUAUCUUGCCACAACAUCCUGAAGUGAGAGCACUCAUGUGAGCGUAUAUCCUGCUGCUGAUAGGUGCAAGAAAUUUAAACCAAAUUUAACUGUCAUGGAAGCUCAAGUGAUUUUGAUGGUCUGCAUUAGAGCAAGCCUACCAUCUAAAUAAAGUUUGGCUUGUUUUACUCCCACAGUUUUAAAAUACAGCUAUCCUAUUCACAUGACACACAAGACUAUAAAAUGUUUAAAAACUUAUUUAGAAUAAAAUGACUUCUAGCUAGGUUAGAAGAAUCAAAAUGUUUUGCUUAUCACAGACCUUAAGGAAGGAUAAUGUUACACUCCUCAAGUAAUCUUUCAACAAAUAUUCCUUGAGCAUUUACUAUAUUUGAUUAGCAGAUAUAUUCAGUAGGUGGUUAGGGGACUAAUAUUCCUAGCAAUAAAUUGACGCAAAAGAUAAUGGGAGGAGCCUUCCCCACCCCAUCCCUAUCCUCAACUCUAAAGGAACCAUAUAUUAAAGCAGUGGUUCUCAAACUUGAGUGGGCAUAAGACCCACUUGUGACAUUUUACGACAAUGCAAAUUCCUGGGCUCACUCUCUGAAGAGAGUCUGAUUCUUGGGCAGUAGUUCUUGAGCAGGCCCCAGGGAUCUCCCUCUUUAAGGUGAUUCUGAUGCAGGUGUUCCACAGACCACUCUGUGACAAACUGUUAAGGCAGCAAGAUAAGAGAUUUAAAAAGUAAAAGCCCUCUUAUUAACAGGAGUUAAACUUGUAGCAAAGAGAAUCCAGACAUACCCUCCUAUCCUCUUUCCUGGAGGGAAAGGAGAAUGUGCAAGAAAUGACCUGGGAGGAUGAACCUUCACCAUCUGUAGGCCUCAGGACUCAGAAGCUCAAAGGACUAUAAUCUGGAUUACUGGAUUGGAAGCAUUAGACUUCCCCUCUAAUACAAUCCCAGAAAGUAUUUUCAGAGUAGAAACUGCCAUUCCUAAUUCUCUAAAGAGUGAGACAUUUUAAAGGGGGAAAGCAUCAGAUGGCACUUCAGA